GCGGCUAGACAUGGAGCCCGACAGGCCUAAGUAUGUGGUGUACGUGUUACCACUAGAACAAUCCAGAUUCUAUGUUGGCCAAACAAAAAAACGCAACUUUGAGACAAGAAUGCAACAACAUCGAGAUGGGCGAGGAGCUGCAUUUACCAGUCGCUUCAGACCCAUCAUUGGUCAAGCCUGGAUCGAUUCGCAUCACUCUGAUGAGCAAACAGCGUGUUUCACAGAGAUGACAACAACAUUACAGCUAAUGGAAAAGUAUGGCAUUCGUUUUGUGCGAGGAGCACAGUGGUGUGCAGUGGAGAUCGAUGCUGCUACAAAAGCUGAAAUUCAGAAACAACUUGACCAAAUCAAUAAUCGAUGCUUUGUGUGCCACCAACCAGGCCAUGCUGCCACUAGAUGUCCAAACGCAGCAGCAACAGCAGCAGCAGUACCAGCACCAGUACCAGUACCGGCAGCAACAGCAGGAGGUCACAUGGUCCGAGACUAUUGUGCAAUGACUGAUGCUCCAGGACAGCGACUGCAAGAUGAUUGCUGCUUUCGUUGUGGCCGUCCUGGUCACAUGGUUCGUAACUGCUAUGCAACGACUGAUGUUGAAGGACGGCAACUGCUAGAUGACAACUCUGAUUCCUCUGAUUCUGAUGAUGAUUACUGCUUUCGUUGUGGCCGUCCAGGCCACUGGGCUAAUGAAUGUUAUGCAAGAACAGACGUGUCUGGUUGCCCGCUUUAAACAACAGCAGGAUCACAUGUGAAAUCUCCCAGAUGUGACUGUUAUUUGGUGCUUUUGACUUCUUUAACUUCAUGUGUUUUACAUGAUUAUCACAAGUAGUGAGAGUUACGUAGCCCAACCGCUCCCCUUGUUGUACGCCAAAGGUCUGGCCACACGAGACUAGUCUAAACCUUAGAGUAAACGCAAAUUAUAAUGUGCUAUCUUAAUUUUUAAUUAAUAGAUUUUGGUUAAUUAAUUGAGUUAAUUAAUCCAGUUUU